GGAGGAACUAUCGAAUCGAGUGUCUGGUCAUGUGCCUGGCAGAUAGCCUUUAUUCAGCGAUCAUGUCAGCGAAGAAACGUUGGUAACAAUAACCAAAAAUGGAAUUAACAAAUAAUGAAACGAAGAUAAGUUAGAAAUAUCAUGAGGUUGCACAUUUCGACAUGUCUUAUGGCAGUUUUAGUUUCUGAAAUGACACAGUGUCUUUGUGCGAACACUGCGAACGAACAAAUGAAAGGGAAAUCGAGGAGGAAGAGAUAUGUCGCUUUUCCUGAAGGGUCCACUUUUAUUGCCACUCUAUGUGAUACUAUAGCGACAACUACUGGGUUUGCAAUUUAUUACGAAGGAAUAAAUUGGGGUACAGGUUGGUCGUUACCAAAUCGUUCCAGCGUCAUUGGUUACGUGACAGAAAACAAACAUAAAAGAAAAAGAAAACAAAGGAGAGACAUUUAUUCCAAAGUCGAGACCUUGUUGGAGGCAAUUGGAUACAACGGACCAUCAUGCAUAUACAGAGCGUUGUGUGAGGCACCCCGAAGGUUCAAAAGAAAAUCUACAAAAUUAUCAGAAGAGUUACUUCGUAUAUUUUUCUACUUUCCGCUUCACACCCUUUCUGAUGACGAGCCUUUUGAUCAUCGGUUUUACCACGAAGCACACAGGAUAGGCAGAUCGGUUGAGCAACAGGAUUGCGCUGAUAUGUAUCCUACAUGUACUAUUUCCUUGAUAGAUUUAGCACUAGGAUAUUACGACGGUUAG